CUCCCAUCUCCUAGAGCUUGGCCCAUGUUGUGUCUGCCUAGGAGCCCUGCCAUUGACUAUGUUGGAGGGAUCUGCUUGUUCCUGCCUGGCUUUUUAAAUGCUUUCUUAGAGAUAAUAUAUGCACAUAGUAGGAAAUUCAGAAGGUGCAUAGUGAAAAGGAGGCUUCCCUUCCACCCUGUCCCCUAGCUACCCAGUGCUACUCUUCAGAAGAUGUUCUCUGUAUACAUAAACUUUAAAAACAAACAGACAAAACCCACAAGUGUUAACAUUUGUGUUCUAGACAUACUUUUUUCAUUAAUAGUAUACCUUGGUCGAUUGCUCCCUGUCAGUAUCUAUAGAGUUACCUCAUUCUUUUUAAUGCGCACAUAUUGAUAAAAUAAAUGCUCCCUAGUUGACUUAACUAGUUCCCUAUUGAUGGAUGGUUAGGAUGUUUUUGACUCUUUUGUAUGAGAUUGUACCUGUAAGUGAAAUUUCUAGAGGUAGAAUUGCCAGAUCAAAAGGAAUGUGUAUUUGCACUUUGAGAGGUACGGUCUAAUUGCUCUCCACAGAAGUGGUACCAAUUUGCACUCCCACUAACAGUGUAAGUGCCCCUUUCCCCACACUUUCACCAACACAGUGUGUUAUCACACUGAUGUUUGCCAAUCCAAUAGAUGAAAAAUGGUGCAUCUUUGUCAUUUAAAUUUGUAUUCAUCUUAUGAACAAUUUUGUCUGUGAUGUAUUUUUUCCUAACUGAAUUUUCUUUUCUGCUAAGACUCUGUCCCCUUUGUGUUUUAACUGGGCGAACAAUCAUGUAUUUGUUUUUUUUCACACCAGGCUGAUAUUCCAUAGCUUUAUUCCCCAAAGCAAUUCUAUUAAGAAGGAACUUAACACAUGUGUCAUGGGUGCUGAUAACUGCUUUCCAAAGGUUACAUAAAGGGUUUGAAAUCCUAGACAUAAACAAGAGCUUUGCCUAGAUAAUCUUCAAGCUAAGGUAUAGUCAGGCUCCAGGGAAGAACAGUGUAUCGCAUGAAUAUAGGAAAAAUAGAAUCUGAGAUGAACAUCAAAACCAGGAGGCAGGAAGGAAGGCCAGAAUGGGUAUUCAUAGUUAGCUCUCGAUUAUACUUGAUAAGGAAGGGGUAAUCAGAGCAGGAUAAUGCAGAAAGUCAUUUUAUCUGCCUGGGACAGAUCAGUAAGGUCCUUACAGCCCCUUCCUUGUUCCGGCCUCAGAGCUCAUUUUGUGCUUCCCUUUAGUCAGGAAUCCAGGCACAAAGGGGAAAGCUCCUAGCUACUGACAUCAGUACAUACCCUGAAGACAGUUUAUUUAAAAAAGAAGCAUUGUAAACCCAGUAUGGGGCAAAAUUUGCAAAAAAGAAAGCAGAGUAAAGCCCUGAGCCCUCCCGAAGUGCUUACAGCGUAACAUGGCUCUCUCCUUCCAGCCGCUGUGGGGUUUCUGGCCAUGUCCAGUGUCAUCACCAUGUCCGCCCCUUUCUUCCUGGGGAAGAUCAUCGAUGUUAUUUACACAGACCCCGCUGUGGACUACACCAACAGUCUGACCAACCUCUGCCUUGCACUCAGCGGUGUGUUUCUGUGUGGAGCUGCUGCUAAUGCGAUCCGUGUCUACCUCAUGCAGACUGCAGGUCAGCGCAUUGUGAAUCAGUUGAAAGCUUCAUUAUUUUCCUCUGUUCUGAGGCAGGAGGUUGCUUUCUUUGACAAGACUCGCACAGGUGAACUGAUUAACCGCCUCUCCUCAGACACUGCUCUCCUGGGGCGCUCGGUGACUGAAAACCUCUCGGAUGGACUCCGGGCCGGGGCCCAGGCUUCUUUUGGCAUCGGCAUGAUGUUUUUUGUCUCACCUAAACUGGCCAUUUUUGUUUUGAGUGUUGUACCUCCAGUGUCCAUUCUUGCUGUGAUUUAUGGACGAUAUCUACGGAAGCUGACCAGAGUCACUCAGGAUUCCCUGGCACAAGCCACUCAGCUAGCUGAGGAACGUAUUGGAAACAUAAGAACUGUUCGAGCUUUUGGGAAAGAAAUGACUGAAAUUGAGAAAUACACCAGCCAAGUGAACUGUGUGAUGCAGUUGGCAAGGAAGGAGGCAUUUGCUCGGGCUGGCUUCUUUGGAGCAGCGGGGCUGUCUGGGAACCUGAUUGUGCUCUCGGUCCUGUACAAAGGAGGGCUGCUGAUGGGCAGUGCCCACAUGACAGUGGGUCAGCUCUCUUCCUUCCUCAUGUAUGCUUUCUGGGUCGGAUUGAGCAUUGGAGGCCUGAGCUCUUUCUAUUCUGAGCUGAUGAAAGGACUGGGUGCUGGAGGACGCCUCUGGGAGCUCCUGGAGAGAAAGCCUGAGCUUCCUUUUGACGAGGGGAUCAGUUUAAAUGAGAAGGCCUUCCAGGGCACUUUGGAAUUUAAGAAAGUGCAUUUUGCCUAUCCGGCCCGCCCAGAAGUGCCCAUAUUCCAGGAUUUCAGCCUUUGUAUCCCAUCUGGAUCUGUCACAGCACUGGUUGGCUCAAGUGGUUCUGGCAAAUCAACAGUGGUUUCGCUCCUACUGAGGUUGUAUGACCCCAUUUCGGGAACUGUCACUCUUGAUGGUUGUGACAUCCGUGAGUUAAAUCCAGUCUGGCUGAGAUCCAAGAUUGGCACAGUGAGUCAGGAACCAGUUUUGUUUUCUUGUUCAAUUGCUGAGAACAUUGCUUAUGGUGCAGACAACCCUGCCCUGGUGACUGCUGAGCAAGUAGAGAGAGCUGCUGAUGUGGCUAAUGCAGCUGCUUUCAUUAGAAAUUUCCCCCAAGGAUUCAACACUGUGGUUGGAGAAAAGGGCGUUCUCCUUUCAGGUGGGCAGAAACAGCGGAUUGCAAUUGCACGUGCACUGCUCAAGAAUCCCAAAAUUCUUCUCCUAGAUGAAGCAACCAGUGCACUGGAUGCUGAAAAUGAGUACCUUGUACAAGAAGCUCUGGAUCGGCUAAUGGAAGGAAGAACAGUGUUAAUUAUUGCCCAUCGUCUGUCCACCAUAAAGAAUGCUAAUAUGGUUGCUGUUCUUGACCACGGGAAAAUUACUGAAUGUGGCAAACAUGAAGAACUGCUUUCAAAACCAGAUGGAAUAUACAGGAGAUUAAUGAACAAGCAAAGUUUUAUGUCAGCAUAAUGAAACCAUUACUUGUAAAUUGAAAUAAGAGAUUUUAAAGCAAAACAGCAUUGCAAGGAAAAAAAAACUUGGAGAUUUUAUGAAAUCUGUAACCAAACUUCAAGUUUAUUUUAAAUAUACUUAUUUUUUUCCAGAAUGUAUAUUGUUUUGAAAUAUACAUGUCCUCGAGACCUUUUUAUUCAGAGUUUUAAUAAUUGUAGCUUUCUAAAUCUCUGUAGCACUGGAGUUAUUUUCAGGUUUUGUAUUUUAUCUUGGAAUACUGUGAUUAAUAUAGCAUGACAUCUUGAUUUCUUUUGCCUGCUGUUAUAGAUUGAAACUUGUCAAGUGACAACUUUUAAGAGGGAGUUAUAAAUAAAAAGCCUAAUUAUUUUAGGCCAGUUUACUAGUCACUGUAUAAUUCUCUUGGUAGAGUUCUGCCUACUUUGUGACUAAUUUUACUUGGUAGACAUAAAGUUUGCUUGUGUCUAAUUUUCAUACAAGAUGAAAAUCUAGCCCUGUUUUUAAAUCAUGAUAAUCUCAUAAAGUGAACCUAAUUAAUAUACAGAAAUAGUUUACAUCAUAUAGAGAGAAGGGAAAAUUUAUAUUGCUAGUCUGUGACUUAAAAGGUAUGAGAGUUGAGGAAUAUGUGUUAAUACAGGAUGUGAUUGUAUUUGAAUGCGUGUGGUUUUCAACAUUUCUGGUAUAUGUGAUCCUGAUGAGUUUUUAAAAAGGGAAGAAGCCCCAUCCUUCAAACAGGAAAACUUCUUUUUUCUUUAUUCAUAUAUAUGCUUCUCUGAGUACUUUGGGAAGCAAGGACUGAACUGCUAGGUAUUAUCAAGAAAGAUGGAUAAGAAUUUACAUUUAAAAUUAAUUUAACAUAAAAUUAAUUUUACAUAAAAUAAUUUUACAUAACAUUAUCUUCUAAAAAUUUAUAAUUCCCAGUCAAAUUGCGUUUUACAGCUUUUUGUCAGUCAUUUAAAUAGUUUUGAAACUUCACUCAAUGAAGCUAAAAUCUGAAUCAUACAACUUUAAUUUUCAACCUUACAACAUUUGGAGAAAGUUUAGACGUUCUUGCUAUUCCACAGAAUAACAAGAAACCUUAAGAACUUAUUACUGUCCAGAAAAGACAAUAUAAAUAACUCAUUUUCUUGUAUUUAUGGUUAUAGUUUUAUUUGCCUGAAUGUCUCAAAAUCCCUAAAGCAAUGCUGACCAACCAGUGAAUUUACCCUAUUCCGUAGCAGUGCUGUUAACUUGCUGUCGCCUCAGGAAAAAAAGUGCCUUUUCUUCAUUGAUGAUGCCAGAACCCGAGAAGUAAUUAUGUUUAUGUAAUUAAAAUGAAAGUUUUCCCAGGUACUAAAGAGCUCUGAGGAGCCCUAGCGGCUUAAUGGUUAAGCAUUCAGUUGCUAACCAAAAGGUCAGUGGUUCAAAUCCACCAGGCACUCAGCAAGGUAAAAAUGUGUCAGUCUGCUUCCAUAAAGAUGACAGCCUUGGAAAUCCUGUGGGACAGUUCUCCUCUGUCUGUAGGGUCGCUAUGAGUCAGAAUCAACUCAACGGCAACACCUUUGGCUUUUUAGUUUUAAGUUUUCACUUGUUCCCUAAUUGUACUGGCAGAGGAAACCACUAUUUCAUGAUAAGCACCAAAUUAUUUCAUUCUACAUAAGGGAAUUUAUUAAUGAAUAAAAUGAAUUCAAAGAAUGAAUUCAGUGUUCUUUGUAUUAGUAAACAGUACAUUUGUGGUGAUCAUUUUAAUAAGCUCUACUUGUAUUCUUCAUCCAGUUUACUAUGAUGGUAUGGUUCUCCAAAGGCAAACAGCACAAUUACGUGGCUGAUUCUGGGAAUUCUCUUUGUGCCAUAGAAGUAUUUGCAAACUGAAUUUGAUCAUUAUAUAUUUUUUUCUAAUACGAGAUGUUCAGUUGUGUUUUUAAGGAACAUUUUAUAUCAUGGAUUAAAAUUUAUAGUGAACUUCA